AGGAAGGGUAAAAAAGGGCAGCCGCCGGGGCAAAGAGGCAGCCCGCCAAGCCUGGACGAUGGACGCCAAGCUCGGCGCGACGCUGCGCGCCACCAAAUGCUCGGCGGAAACCUAUAAAAAAGCUAUAGCGCACAAAAAGGGCCGCUCCUACCACGAGGCAAUUGCGUUGAUACUCAAGAACCGUACGUUAAGUGGAGAGGACUGCGGUCCGUUGCUCGAACAGUGCUUCUCCAAACUAAGCGACCACUACGCCGCGCUCUGCUGCGCUCCUACGUCGUCGGCGGCGGACCUGAGAAAGAGCUACAAACGGUUGUGCCUACGCUACCACCCCGACAAGUCGAACGGCACCACCACAACACUCUUCCAGGUUUUAGUAAGGGCCUGGGAGGUGCUGUCCGACGCCGAGAAACGAAAGAAAUAUGACAUGACGCGGAAGCCGACAACAGGGCUGGGCCCUAAACCGCCGCCCAAGCGGACGAAGCGCAAGGCGCCCUGCCCGCCGUCCGUGACCAAGAAAACAGCAAAACGGCCCGCCGCGAAGACCAUGAGACGGCCGACGAUGCUCCGGCGGCCGACCGGGCUGCGCGUCACGGCCCGGGCGCCGCACUCGCUGACGGUGGUGUGGGCUCAAGUGGGCGGCGCCGCGGGCUACGAGGUCAUGUUCCGCCGGGCGGGCCGGCCCUGGCCCGAGAAGGGCGCGCGCGUCACGUGUGCCGCGGCUCGGAAGAAAAAUCUCGCACCAGCACAAGCCUACGAAGCGCGCGUUCGCGCCGUGGACAAGGCCGGCCAACCAGCGUCGACGUUCUCGUGUAGCUGCGCCGCGGCGACGAUGGCGGCGCCUCCGACAAAGCCGUCGGCGGCGGCGCGGCGCGCGGCGGCGGCGCGCGCGGCCGCCGCCGCGCGCAAGGCCGCCGCGCCGCCGCCGCCACCAUCAACCGAAGCCUGGACCUGCCGCGUCUGCGCCCGGGGGAAUGGUGAAGACGCCGCGCGGUGCCGCGUCUGCGCCGCGCCGCGCGCGUACGAGAACGACCGGCUCUUCGGGUCCGCGGCGUAUGAGAAGUGCCGCGCGGAGAAGCGCGCGGCCCAGUUCGCGCGGCCGCCGCCGGCGCCCACGCCGCCGGCGCCGCGGCCCGUGCCGGCCGCGCCGCGGCCUGCGCCUCCGGCGCCGCGCCCGGCGCCGCCGCCCGUGCCCGGCGCCGCGCCGCGGACCGCCACGCCGCGGCGGAGCCCUGUCAACAAACCUCCGCGGUCGCCCUACGCGCAGCCCGCGCGGCCGGCCGCCGCGCGGCGGCGGCCCGCGGCGCGCGCCGGCGUCGGGCGCGUCGUGCGGCCCGCGGCGCCGGCGGCUCCCCGGCCGCCGCCACCGCCGCCGAAGCCGGACCUCUCGGCGACGCAGAAGUUCCUCGCCGAGAAAUCAAAGACGCCCGGCUGGUACGAGGUCGCGGCGGCCGGCGCCGACGCCCGGACGUACUACGCGCCGGCGACGGGCGCCUCGUCGCAAGCGCCGCCGCCCAACGCGCCGCAGUGGUACCGCAUGACCGACGCGGGUCACCCCUACUUCUGGCACGCGCCGACCGGCGCGACGACGUGGAACGAGCCGGGGGGCAGCGUCUGGCGCGAGUGCGCGGCGCCGGAGCUCGGCGGGCGGCAGGUGUUCGUGUGGGACGGGGUCGCGGUGCAGGGCGGGUAAUAUGUUGAUACAAU